AACAUAACAUUUAGGUUUUUAAAAAAAUUGUAAAUUAGUAAUAGAUAAUAAAAUCAGUAUAAAUGUACAAUAAUCAGUUUGAUUAAACAGUUUUGUAAUUAGAGUAGUGAUAGUGAUAAUGUCAGCUGUAAACCAGGAGGUGUAUAAAAAGUUUAAAAAUGCUAGAAAAUUAUUAAGUACUGAUAGUACUGAUUCUACUGUUCAGGUCGAUGUUAGAGAAGAUGAAGAACAACUUAUUAAACUGCAAGAAAUUAUUGAUAUUCUGGUAGCGGCUGGAUACUUUAGGGCCAGAAUCAAAGGCCUUUCUGCAUUCGAUAAAGUUGUCGGUGGGAUGGUAUGGUGUAUAGAAUCCUGCAACGUUGAAUUAGACGUUGAUCUGCUGUUUAGAGAAAAUUUAAGCAUUGGUCAAAAAAUAGCUUUAACAGAAAAGAUUGUUGCUGUUUUACCAAAAAUUAAAUGUCCCAGGAACAUAGAACCACAUCAAAUCCAAGGCUUGGAUUUUAUUCACAUAUUUCCUGUAAUACAGUGGUUAGUGAAGAGAUCUUUGGAAUGUCGUGAAGAAGUUGCUGCAUUUGUAAGAGCUUGUGCAAUCGAGCAGUUUAAUAAAAAGUUUCACAGUGCAGAUGAGAAUCGCGAAAACGCGAAUUUACUUAAAAAUAUGAAGUUACUGUCUGAGGUUUAUAGACCUCGGCGAUAUUAUAAGAAGAAAAAUUCGGCCCCAACUUCAACUUUAUCGCAAAUACAGUCAACUCUGCUGGAAUAUGGACAUAGUGAUGGUGGAGUUGGAGACUAUUCAAUGUUUACUGCGAAAGAUAAAGAAGGAACUGAUGAUCAGGAAUUUGUAGACUUGGAUGAUGAACACAAGGAGCAGCUUAUCAAACAUUAUACAUCUCUGCAGUUUGAAUUAACAUCGGGCGCAGGCAUCCAGUCUAGAGAUCAGUUGUUGAUUGCUUCUCUAGAAGAGAAAAAACAAUUGUUUAACGAAAAAUGCAAAGAAUUUAAGAUAAACAAAGCAUCUUUAGACAGUGAUAUCAAAAGUAAAACCAAAGUUCUUCAAGAACUAGAAAGUAAACAAAAAGAAGCUGAAGUUGCUUUAAAAGAACUCAAUCAAGAAGAAUUAGAGAGUUCCAAAGUGAAAGAAAUAGAAGAGCUCAUUAUGCUGAACGACGAUUUGAAAGUACAAGAGACUCAAUUUAAGGAGCAGUGCAAAAAAGAACUGGCAAAUUUGAACAAUCAAAUACAAAACGUCAAAAAUGCCAAAGUAAACAUUCCAGUAGAAAACCCUUCAGUGGUAAUAUCUGAAUUGAACGAAUUGUCCGAGAAAAAUGCUUCGACGAGAAUGAAAUUAGCUAAAGUGAACAGAGAUGUCGCUAUAUUGCAUCGCCAAAUCGAUGAUAUUCCCAAGAGAGCCGAAUUGGCACAGUAUCAAAAGAGAUUUGUGGAAUUGUACAAUCAAGUGGCCGUCAAACAUAAAGAAACCAAGCAGUACUACACUCUAUACAACACACUAUUGGACACCAGAGUGUACAUGGAAAAGGAACUGUCGUUACUCAACUCCAUUUCCGACAGUUAUCCCGAAGCCAUGAAAUCGUCCAAAGGCAAAGACGAAUUCUUGGAGCAGUUCCAAAACAUCGUCGAAAACGUCUGCCAAUCUAAGCUGAAAGCGGAACAAAAAUUGAACAGAGAGAAACAAACGCGCGAUCAACUCAGUACUGCCCUGCACGUGUUGGUCGAACACCAACGAAGAUACGCGACGGCUAUAAAACAGUUGGGUUUGGAGUAUAGAAAACAUGAAAUGCUUAUUAAAUCGAAGGAAUAGUUUUUGUAUUGAUCAUUUUGGAAUAUGAGUUUCGAAUAUGGCAGUAGGAAUUGCUUUUACCGCUUGAGUGGAGGUAAUGUAUGUAACCGACGUUUACUGUAUCCUUUUUCUUAUUAUUUAUUCAGACUUUAAAAAACGUACAAGAAAGAAUGUAAAAUACUCAAUAAAGCUAUAUUUAUA